CGCACCCGCGCGGCGGGGUAGGAGGCUGGGACUUCACUCGCAGCGGCAGCGGAGAAGCAGCCCGAGCUGCAUCAGCAGCCGCACCGCAGAGCAGGAGCCCGGAGCCGGACCCGGAGCCGGAGCUACGAUGAGCGGCAGAGUCGGCGACCUGAGUCCCAAACAGCAGGAGGCACUGGCCAAGUUUCGGGAGAAUGUGCAGGAUGUGUUACCUACUCUGCCAAAUCCAGAUGACUAUUUUCUCCUGCGCUGGCUCCGAGCGAGAAGUUUUGACCUGCAGAAGUCAGAGGCCAUGCUACGGAAGCAUGUGGAGUUCCGAAAGCAAAAGGACAUUGAUAAUAUAAUUAGCUGGCAACCUCCUGAGGUGAUCCAGCAGUACUUAGCAGGGGGGAUGUGCGGCUAUGACCUGGAGGGCUGCCCAGUCUGGUACGAUAUCAUUGGGCCUCUGGAUGCCAAGGGUCUGCUGUUCUCAGCCACCAAGCAGGAUCUGCUCAGGACCAAGAUGCGGGACUGUGAGCUGCUUCUGCAGGAGUGUGCCCACCAGACCGCAAAGUUGGGGAAGAAAAUAGAGACCAUCACGAUGAUUUAUGAUUGUGAAGGCCUUGGCCUUAAGCAUCUCUGGAAGCCGGCAAUAGAAGCCUACGGAGAGUUUCUCUGCAUGUUUGAGGAAAAUUAUCCUGAAACACUGAAGCGUCUUUUUGUCGUUAAAGCCCCCAAACUGUUUCCUGUGGCCUAUAACCUCAUCAAACCUUUCCUGAGUGAGGACACUCGGAAGAAGAUCAUGGUUUUGGGAGCAAACUGGAAGGAGGUUUUACAGAAACAUGUCAGCCCUGACCAGUUGCCUGUAGAAUAUGGAGGCACCAUGACUGACCCAGAUGGAAACCCCAAGUGCAAAUCCAAGAUCAACUAUGGGGGUGACAUCCCUAAGAAGUACUAUGUGCGAGACCAGGUGAAACAGCAGUAUGAACACAGUGUGCAGAUCGCCCGUGGCUCCUCCCACCAAGUGGAGUAUGAGAUUCUCUUCCCUGGAUGCGUCCUCAGGUGGCAGUUUAUGUCAGAGGGAGCAGACGUUGGUUUUGGGAUUUUCCUGAAGACCAAGAUGGGGGAGCGGCAGCGGGCAGGGGAGAUGACAGAGGUGCUCCCCAACCAGAGGUACAAUUCCCAUCUGGUCCCUGAAGAUGGGACUCUUACCUGCAGCGAUCCUGGCAUCUAUGUCCUGCGGUUUGACAACACCUACAGCUUCAUUCAUGCCAAGAAGGUCAGUUUCACUGUGGAGGUCCUGCUUCCAGACAAAGCCUCUGAAGAGAAGAUGAAUCAGCUGGGGGCAGAAACCUCAAAAUAAUGCCUCCUCCUCCAGCAGACCUGGUCCCUCAAUGUGGGUUUCCUUCUAGCAGUCAUUUUUCCACAACCCUGCAGCCCAAAGAAACUGGGCUGGAAGGAAGACUUCUGGCUAGAUCUGGGAGCUUUUGUAUCAGAAUUAGGAAGAGAGCGACUCCCUGCUUCUCAAAUUACCAGGGAGCCCUCAAGGGCUGGUCAUUGUGAUAGGAUCUAUCUGUUCUGAAAACCUUGUCAAUUUUACCUUUCCAGUGUCAGCCAAGACAGGGCUGGGCAGUGCCACUGGGCAGCAGCAGGGAAGAAAUUAGGGAAGGGGAGAGAUUGGGAUUCCCUAACACUUAAGGGAAGCCAGCUGCAGAGGAGAAACGUGCUUCUAAAUGAACAUGGAAGUUCAGAUCAUUAUAAGGGAAAGCGAAGUAGCUGGUUGCUAAGAGUUAUGGUGGGGACUGGAAGCUCUUCAAAACUUUGUUUUUAAUCAUUGAGGCUGCGGUGUCUUUUAGCUUUUACCAAGUUUCAGGAGUGACCCAAGUCAGCACAAAUGGAAGGUAGUGGGCAUGCCUCCCUGUCUCAUUUUGAGAACUUCUCCUGGGCUGCCUCUUUAAUUACUAAUGAUUGUCAACAAGUCAGGGUUUCUUGGGAUUUUGGUACCCAGCCACUGUUCUCCAACAGAAAAAAACAACAAAGAAGCACAAGGGUAAUUAUCUCUGGGGACCAUGGUUCAUGGAAGGGCCUAGGAGGUAGGAGGCCAGGAAAGGAAGUGAGUCCUAAAAGGGCGGCCUCUUCAGUGCCACUAGCCUCUCACUAACCCUUUAAGUGAGCAACCUACAUUAAAAAAUUACGAAUGGGAUCAAGGCAGUUAGCACUGCGCAUUUCCUAGUCUGAGACUCAAGCAGUGCCCACCAAUCGGCUUCCUGACUGACCUGAAUGAGGCCUUAGCAGUCCCAUGCCUGUGGGAGACAUACAAACAGGCGCAAUGGGUUCCUCUUGCCUGUGACUGUAGGUCCCAAGGCCAAGCGGCUGACCGCGUGGGCGGCCAAAGAUCCAGCGCCAUUGGAAAAGCCUGGAGCCGGACGGCCGCAACCUUUAACCAGGCGUCCCUUGGGCUGCUUAGAACUCGGGAAGCAUCUCCAAGCCCUGGCCAGGCAUGGAGGGAUCAUCUUGCGAAGCCGAGGGGCUCAGGGAAGGCACAGGGCCUAACGGGAGCGAAAGCUACAUAGGCGGCCCCAGUCAGAUGACUCCUGGCCUCAGUUUACAGUGCUCUGUUAGCAAAAUUAAUUGAUCAAUAAAGCAACAUUCAGUGUA